AUGACCUUGACGUCUCGAAGUUGCCGAGAUGAUCAUAGCGCUGGUCGCAGAGCCCGCGAGCUCUAUCGCUACUUUCAACCUGAACGCCUUCCUCAGCUAGACUCGCUCAGUGUGGAUAGUUCUCCGAUCGCCGAUGAUUUUCUCCCACCAGCCACUGCACAAGCCAUCGAUGCCUCGAUUCACACGCCCUCUGCAUCCUCACUCUUACCGCCGGGCCCAACGAACUUGUCACCACCAUUGGCAAGCACCAGGGAAGCUUCUCUGUUAUCACCGGUGGUCCCUGAAACUCUGGUUUUAGGCCAGCACAAUGCUAUACUAACAUCAUUUGCUCAACUUGCAGCGCUGCGUCUAAAUGUGGAGCGUGUGAUCAUCAGUGUAUCUGAUAGAGUUUCGCAGUUCAUUCUCGCCCAAGCGGGUCAGUCACCCGUCGGUUGUGAUAUCCGUGCUUAUGAGGCUGAGGGAGAUGGAAUUUGGGAUGGCUGCUGCACCUUACCGUCCUGUGCUUGGGGGAUGUGCGAGGUAGGUUUUUUUUCCCCCCUGCUAAAUUAUAGUCGCGCGCAUCGCGCUGACUGUAUCCUGUCUGCUAUAGGCUACGGAACACCUCUAACGACAGAUACAAAGAUCAACAUUGGGUGUUUCUUUGCGCUGGAUACCAAGCCUCGUAAUAGCUUUUCUGAUCUUGAGAAGGAGGCCUUUGGCUCCUUAGGCACACUUAUCAUGGACUAUUUGCAGGUGAGCCGACAGGCCUCCGAAGGAAGACGUGCAGUUCGAUUGUCUCGGGGUCUGAGUUAUUUCGUAGAGGGAAGUUCUAGCUUUGUCGACCAUCAUCCCUCCUAUUCAGGCAGUUCUGUCCCUGCGCUUAGCACUCCCGCGUCAUCUGGGGUGAGAACCAGCCAUCUCUCGGCCGAGUCCUCUCAGAGUUUCGAAACCCCCUCCAAACGGUCUCACAGCAUUGAUGCGCGCUCUGUCAGCUCGGUAUCAGACUCGAAAGCCGACAAUAGCGACCAAAACAAUUCUUCCGGGCCGGACAUGCCGCUCCCGGAUUGGUGGGCGGGAAGCAGAAAGAAGGGGCUGACGUUAGAUGAAUCACAUAGCAGCUCUUGGGCGUUUCGAAGAGCGGCCAAUCUUCUCCGUGAAAGUCUCGAGUUGGAUGCUGACGGCGGAGUCAUCUUCUUGGAGGUUAAUAACAGCCACAUGCUUGACAUCAAGACGGGGAUUGAUUGCGCAGGAGAGACCGGUCCUGCAGCUCCUGUAUUGGCCGUCUCCACCAGAGACGAACCGUUUGCCCCAGGGCCGGGCUCGACAAUGCUAUACCCUGCUGCAAAUGUCGACAGCGGGUUCCUGCACCAGCUGCUGCGGCGAUACACUAAGGGCAAGCUUUGGUCCUUUCAUCGAGAUGGCAUUCUUUCUAGCUCUGAUGACGAAAAGCCAAACGAAAAUCGCUUAAAGUGCAUAAAAGCCACCGAACCGCCCCGUGGCCAUAGCAAGAAGUGGAAACAAUCGGAAAAUGCCAUGUUGAACCAGUUCUUUCCAAACGCAGCGCAGGUCAUGUUCGUUCCUCUCUGGGACCCUGCCAAGUCCCAGUGGUUUGCAUGUUGCUUUUGCUGGAAUACAUUGGAGACGCGUGUCUUCAGCCCUUCUGUCGAGCUGAUGCAGUCCCUGAUCUCCGAUCGUCAGAAGGGCGAUUUUAUCGGAAGUAUCUCGCAUGAACUACGCAGUCCUCUCCACGGCAUUUUGGCGGCUACAGAGUUUUUGCACAGCACGGACCUCGAUGAAUUCCAACUAUCUCUGCUAGAAACGAUCAAUGCGUGCGGUCGGACACUGUUGGAUACUACGAAUCAAGUCCUAGAUUUCAGCAAGAUCGUUUCUCUCGAGAGGACCUGGCGUCAGCUCAAGAAGAACAAGACUUCGCCUGCGGAAUUGACGAGCAUGGACAGGACCUCUGCGCAUCUGGACACAUUUGUCUCGACAAAUCUGGCUAUUCUGGCUGAGGAAGUGGUGGAGGGCGUGUAUUUAGGACAUACAUACGGAAAGAAGUCGAUCGCUUCAUCAGACCAAACUGUCCUUUUGCCGAACUCGGCUGCCACGCUCUCGCUUUCGCCGCGAAAAACAAAGCUGGAUACUUCGACGGAGUACACCGAGUCUGGCAGGGUCUCGGUGCACUUGGACGUCACUGAGGCGUCCGAGAGCAGCCGAUGUUGCCGACAUGGUAGGGAGGAACUUGUGACCCUAACCAUUUCAGAUACGGGCAAAGGCAUCUCGGAAGCAUUCUUACGGGGACGUUUGUUCACACCGUUUGCUCAAGAGGAUACUUUGGCGGUAGGAACUGGGCUGGGGCUAUCGAUCGUCCGGAGUCUUGUCAAGGCGCUAAAUGGGACUAUCAAUGUCCACAGCCGGCCUGGCAAAGGCACGACGGUCAAGGUAUCUCUUCCUUUGACGCGCCCGGCUCCCGAGGACAGUCUCGAGGAUAGCCAGACUGCACCGUCGGUUCCUUCGACACAGGAUGACACUAUGAACGACCCCAGUUCGCUCCGCGACAGCCAUGGCGGUAGGCAUGUUGCUAUUCUGGGUAUCGAGCCUGCUGAUGUUCUGGAACGUCCCUUCUGGGCUAUCAUUGUGCGCUACUUGACGGACUGGUACGGCCUGGACUUGGUUUCCUCGGCGUCACAAGAGCCUAUCGAUGUGCUCUUGGCAGAGGAGGAGCAAUUGGUGGGCACCUCAAUGGAAACUGUCACUGGCAUUCUUCCUUCGCUCUUAAUUCUCUGCAAUCAGUCGGUUGAUUACAACGCUAUCCGGGCCAAGUGGUCACCGAUUGCCGCUUUUGUGGACAUCAUCCGUCGCCCAUGCGGUCCGCACAGGCUUGCCCAUCGCAUUAGGAAAUGUCUCGAUAAUGGACAGCGCCGGGGCGUCGCAUUGCCGCUCUGCAGUGAACUUCCUGAACGAGCCCAGAUGAGUAGUGGCAGCGCUUUGCCAUGCCUGGACUUGACUGAUCCAGAUCCGCUUGCUGCGACCUGUGAUCUCACUCCCGCCACUUCUAUGAGACCCGGGAGCCUUUCCUCUGAGGACUCGGGCAAUGUACAAAAUUCGUUCGACAUUGCCGACGUACCUCAUGGCAGCGAUACCUCCAUGUCGCCGCUGCCCACACCGUCGGAGACGGCGUACAAGCGCGUAGAGCGCAAAGCACGUGUCCUUGUAGUAGACGAUAAUUUGAUCAAUCUAAACUUGAUGUUGACCUUUAUGAAGAAAAGGGAUCUGGAGGUUCUGGAUUCUGCUGAAAACGGAAAACUGGCCCUGGACGCGGUGGAAAGGUUGCAGCAGGGUUACGACCUUAUUUUCAUGGAUAUGUCUAUGCUGGUUAUGAACGGCUUCGAAGCCACGCGCGCCAUCCGUGCGCUGGAGAAAGAGCGUGAUGGGUGUGGACCUGCAACGAUCAUUGCAUUGACGGGACUGAGCAGUUCGAGUGACGAGUCGGAGGCCUUCACGUCCGGGGUGGACUUGUUUUUGACGAAGCCGGUGUCAUUCAAGGAAGUCUCCAGACUGUUGGAUGAAUGGGCGGAACGGGGCCUGCGGGAUAAAAAGUACCCUUCUCUGUCUCCCUCUGUGUGA